AUGACUGCAGAACUGAAAGAGACUUUGGCCCUGACCCCUUGGGGCUCAGUGACAGUGAAAAAGGAGGAGGAUGAGGAGGAAAAUCUGGGUCAGACAUCCAGCCAACAACUACGCUCUGACAACAUCAACAUCUGGGCCCCUGGGGAGGAUCCUCAGACAGGCCUUAAUGUAUCAGAACAGGAGGAAAAGGGUCAGGGCAUGUUCUGGGACAUGGCAGUGAUCCUGGAAGCAACAAAGGAGGUGCCUGCUGGUUUACCCCUUGGCAAUUGCUCAUUACCUAAGACCCAUGGGGUGCCUGCUCAGGCCAAGAGGGAGAUAUUGGAAUCUCAUGGAGACAUGACUUUUCUAGAUGCUGAAAUCAAAAGUCCACCAUCAUUGGUUCUGAAAACUGAGAUGGGUGAUGAAGCAGAAAAACCUUUCAUAAUAUUAGGAAGAAUACAGAAAGCUGACUCUGAAACGCCUGAGUUAGGAGAAGCCAGCAAAAACAUGAACAUAUUAAAGAGGCAAAGAAUCAAGAAGGAGAAGAAAGAUUUCAGACAAGUGAUAGUGAAAGAUUGCCAUUUAUCUGAAAGCCUCAAAGAAGAAGACAAGAAAUACCAGAAUUCUGGGAAAAUAUACAGCCUUAGUUCUGGCCCUGUUAAAAAUCAGAAAAUCCAACCUGGUCAAAAACCUUUUACAUGUAGUGUGUGUGGGAAGGGCUUUAGUCAGAGUGCAAACCUUGUUGUGCAUCAGCGAAUUCACACUGGAGAGAAGCCCUUUGAAUGCCAUGAGUGUGGGAAGGCCUUCAUUCAGAGUGCAAAUCUUGUUGUGCACCAGAGAAUCCACACUGGACAGAAACCUUAUGUUUGUUCAAAAUGUGGGAAAGCCUUCACUCAGAGUUCAAAUCUGACUGUGCAUCAAAAAAUUCACUCCUUAGAAAAAAACUUUAAGUGCAAUGAGUGUGAGAAAGCCUUCAGUUAUAGCUCACAACUUGCUCGGCACCAGAAAGUCCACAUUACUGAAAAAUGCUAUGAAUGUAAUGAGUGUGGGAAAACAUUUACUCGGAGCUCAAACCUCAUUGUCCACCAGAGAAUCCACACUGGGGAGAAGCCCUUUGCCUGUAAUGAUUGUGGCAAAGCCUUCACCCAGAGUGCUAAUCUUAUUGUGCAUCAGCGAAGCCAUACUGGUGAGAAGCCAUAUGAGUGUAAAGAGUGUGGGAAAGCCUUCAGUUGUUUUUCACAUCUAAUUGUGCACCAGAGGAUUCACACUGCAGAGAAACCUUAUGACUGCAGUGAGUGUGGGAAAGCCUUCAGUCAACUCUCUUGCCUUAUUGUCCACCAGAGGAUUCACAGUGGAGACCUUCCUUAUGUGUGCAGUGAGUGUGGGAAGGCCUUCACAUGUAGCUCUUACCUGCUUAUUCAUCAGAGAAUCCAUAAUGGAGAAAAACCUUAUACUUGUAAUGAGUGUGGUAAGGCCUUCCGGCAGAGGUCAAGCCUCACUGUGCACCAGAGAACCCACACUGGGGAGAAGCCCUAUGAAUGUGCAAAGUGUGGUGCAGCUUUCAUUUCUAACUCGCACCUCAUGCGACAUCACAGAACCCAUCUUGUUGAGUAA